GGAUUCCACCAACUGAUGAAUGGAAACAAGAUAUUUGCCUUUGGAAACAAACUGGUGGAUAAAUACCCUGUGGAAAGUCCCCCUGAGCUGCAGGAGCAGGAGAGAUCCGCUUGUCCACACUGGUCCCUGUGGCCUCUCCCCUCCAUAGCCCUCCUGGCUCUCACCCUGGCUCUGCUGGCAAUGACCGUGGCCACCACGGCCAUAACGGAGAUACCUCUGGACAUGGCCCCGAACUCCUUCGAUGACCAGUACCAGGGCUGUGGUUCUGACAUGAAGACGAAGCUGCCGACCCUGAACCGUUCUGAGUUACAGAGGAAUUCUCUGUUCGCUGAGGUCUGGCCUGAGGCUGUGAAAGAGUGGCACAGACUGGGGUCCCCUCUGUACCCUCUGUCAUACCCAGAGCAGGCCAUUGCCAUCAUGGCCUACACCAUGAACGACCUGUACGAGCAGUUCAAUAACGAAGUGAGAGUGGCCGGACGCUCCCCCGAGGCAUACCGGGACAAAUUCCACUUCAAAACUCUGCAUUUCCUGCUGACCGACGCCCUGGCCACGCUGAAGCUCAUGAAGGGACAGAAAUGUGAAUGUGUGUUCAGGGGGGUGAAAAAGUUCAAGUUCAAGGCGAAUGUUGGUGACACCGUCCGGUUCGGUCAAUUCGCGUCGUCGUCACGUUGCGAAGGUCGCACCAAAAUUUUCGGGACAACCACGACAUUUGUGGUGCGAACAUGUUACGGCGCGUACAUCGAGGAAUUCUCCUACUUUGACGAUGAGGAGGAGGUGCUGAUCCCACCCUUCGAGAAGUUCAAGGUCACCAAAGUCAUCGAGGGGAAGAAGAACGUGCGGAUCCACCUCAACUCCAUUGGGAUCUACAGCAAAUACAACUGCGAGUUGCUGAGAGGUGGUAGCGGCCCCAAAGCCCUCGCCAUCUCAGGGGACUCCUCCUGGUCACCACAGCUCUGGCAAGGGCCACAGGGAUCCUCUAAGGCACAAAGCAACGAAGAUAUCUGUGGUCACUGUAAAAUCUACGAUUCCCAAGACCACCAGGACACUGAGAAAAACAAGGCCACCAAGGCUACCACGGCCACCACUGCCACUAUGGCUGCCUUGGCUGCCAUGGCCUCCAUGUGGUCACUGUGGCCACCACUGGCACUGUGACCACUUGUGCUGGUUGUGCAUGAAAAGUCACCUGAGACGAGGAGCACAAAGCCCAGAGACACACAGAGGCUGUUCCCUCUAUGAGAACUUCCUCUGUGAGCUGCAGGGACAAACUGGAAAGCUGAUUUAAUAAUUGAUAGCCUGGCUAACCAUUUAAAAAUUAUUUUGCUUUCAUGAAUUACACCAGCAAAGUUAAUCUCUCUCUUUUGACUUCUGGCCUCUGAAGGUAAGACCAGCCAGCCCAGCUUGGCCAGGCCCGGCCACCCUCCCCAUGCAGCCCAGCCAAGCAGGGGUGGGGGAGACACCGAGUCCCCCUCCCAACAUUUUCAGCUAGGGUCCCUGAUGGCCAGGGGAAAGGGAAACCUUUGCUAAGAUCCUCAUUUUCCUCAGCAUGACCAGAGCUGAGCCACCAAAUUGGAAGCAGCCAGGGGGAGGAGAAGCCCCCCAGCUGCCCACGCAGCUUGGGAGAAAUGCAGCCGGGCUCUGUUCCAGCUGAGUCUCCCUCACGCAGCUCGUGCUGCUGGAAAAUCUUGGCACGGUUUCCAGGAUGGCGUGGCCAGGCUCCCUUCACCUUCUGUGUACAAUUGUAACUGUUCUAAUGCUCGGAUAAGACUGCAGAUCUCCUGAGCUCCCCUGAAUUAGAGGAAUAAAGCAGGGAGUAUAUACUGAAGUCAGUGAAGGAAAAGCUGUUUCCAGAUGGGAAGAGAUUGAAGAGAUGCCACGGACAGGUUGGCUGAAAAACCUUUUUUGUGGGCUAUGGGGGGACUGGACUACA